UACCCUCCUCUCGCGUUUACCUGCACGUCUGCGAUGACUCCUGGCCUUGGAGGCACACCGCAGUUUCUCUUCCGCCAUCUUCGUGAGCCUCUCCGUCUCUGACCUCUCACCCGCCGCGGCGCCGUUUGCAGGGAGGCGGAGCUUGGGAAAGGAGGCGAGCAUCGUCACUAUCAUCAUCAUGAGGAGGCCGCGGUGGUAGUGGAGGCUAGAUCCUGGCGGGGAGUGCUGUGUGGUUUCCUCCAAGGUAAGCGGAGAGCUCUUGAGGAUCAGGAGAUAAUGGCUGAAGAGGAACUUCAAGAUGUAAUACAGAGAUGUCAAAUUCUUGAUGAGGAGGAUUUUAAAAGGGAAGACUUCAAUCUUUUUCAAGUUGCGGGACAGAAGUGCUUGGAAGAAGGCUAUAUAGCUGAUGUACUGGAAGUUGUUCAAAAUGAGAAAAAUAAGGUUAUUGUCAAAAGCAUGGGCUGGAAUCUUGUUGGUCCUUUGAUCAAGUGCCUACUGAAGUAUCAACAAAAUGAAAUUGAGAGAGAACGCUGCCUGAAAAUACUAGAUAAAUUGAUGGAGCUGUGCAGUCCAAAAGAGCUUGUGCUGGGUUUCCUAGAGCAGAUUGAACAAGCCUCUGGGGAACAUGGGUCCCAAACGAUUUUGCUAUUGCUUAAACCUCUGCAGGAAGUGCUUCUGAAACUCCAGAGUAAGAAAGCAUAUUCGGUGGGUUUGUCAUUGUCUACCAUUUUGAACCAGAUUUCACUUCUGCCAAUACCUUACACAAAACAGCAACUACAAGAAGACAAACAUGCCCUCUGCCAGUGUUGCAAUGCAUUGACACAUUUUGUGAACCCUUUUGUGGAAGAGGUUGUUACACAAAUGGAGACCUCAAUGAGUGGAGAUUACAAAGAUCUGAAGGAGGAAUUGUUAGGAUUUUGCCUGAAAAGCUUGAAAUAUCCCCUGCUAAUGGCAGAGUUGGAUCAACUGCCUGAAGACACUGCCAAGCAUCCGCUAAGGCAGUUUGCUGCUGACAUACUAGGCAUUUUGCUGGAUAUUAGAGAAUUGCUUCCAAAAGUAUUCUCUCACCAAGGAUGCAAAAAUGAAGGCUGGGACAAUGAGGCCAUAUUGGAAAUAGACAAAGAACAGUCUGUGGAGUCUCUGGCAUGCCUGUCUUAUGUGGUGUUUGUUCAUAACUGCGUUGGUAUUGACUGCCUUCCAGUAGUCUUCAACCCAUCAUACAUUCUGCAGUGCAACAUGGUACAUGUUGAUGUUCUUUUGAAAAGGACAGAAGAAUCUGUUUUGUCAAAAGGACUUGCACUAUUGGAGAACUGUCUACUGAGGCUGGAAGAUAAUAGCCUUUUGCUUGAGUAUUUGGAGUUCAAAGGUUUUAUUACAGCGCCUCAGGAUUUGGUAAAGGUCAUGACACUGUGCCCUUUUGAACCUCUGAGAAAGAAGAGUUUAAAGAUUUUUCAGUUAUAUAUAGACAAGUUUGAAGAAGAAGGGAAAUUCAUGUUGUUCAGAUGUUUGUUGAAGACAAGUAACCAUUCUGGUGUGGAAGGAUACAUCAUUCAAAAUAUUAAAAAUCAAAUUGAUAUAUCCUUAAAAAGUGCAACAGGCAGCAAGUUUUUUACUGGACUCCAGUUGGCCUCACUGCUAGACAUAGUGCUUUCACUUCCUGAAGGUGCUGAAACCGAUCUUCUUCAGAACUCAGAUAGGAUUAUGGCGGCACUCAAUUUGUUGAGAUAUUUAGUCAUUAAGGAUAAUGAAAAUUACAAUCAAACCUGUGUGUGGACUGAACUUUACAAAAUUGAGCAAACUUUCUUGAAACCCUUGCACACUGGGCUUAAUAUGUCGAGAGCACAUUAUGAAGCAGAAAUAAAGAAUAAAAAAGAAAGCAAAAGAGAAUCUCAUGUUUCCAAGAAUAUUUGCUCUUUAACAGUAGCUGGGGAAAAGAUGCCUAACAUGACAACUGAAAUGGAGCUUCAGGUUCUUCAUUCUGCUCUUUUCACUUUUGAUUUAAUAGAGAGUGUUUUGGCCAGGGUAGAAGAACUCAUUGAAACCAAAACAAAAGCUGCAACUGAAGAAACUACUGGGAUCAAAUGAAGCAUAUUGCCUCCCUUAUACCAAUAGUGUUUCACAUCAUGCACUCUUGUUUAUUCUUCUAACAUUAUGACUUUACUUGAAAAGAUAAAAAUACCAAGACUUAAAUAUAUGCCAGGUCGUCAUUAUACAGGCUGGUGGAAAAGAAGGCCCAAGGUAUUUUUCUACACCUUCAGAAGUGUCAAGGAAGUGUUAAAACUUGAUUGUUGUUUUUGCUAAAUUCAUGUAGAAGUGUGUCUUAGCAUUUAUUAAAAACCACUAAGCCGGGAUCACUGCACUGAAGCCUCUGGAAAUGUUUUUGGCUAGCAAAACUCCCAGGAGCAUGUAUAACCAUGGGGUUUCAUGGGAUGGGUAGGUCAGUAAACUUUUGGAUGACACAGCCUAUUUUAUAACCCUACUGUGAUACAAGGCACACUGCUCAAUGUAGCAACAAACAGAAAUAGGAACAGGCAUGGGUAGGUGCACAUAGUCCCCCAAUGGGAUUUCUCGAUAAACAGAUCUGCAAAAGAAUUUCAUAAUUGCCAUUAAUACCUAACUUUGAUGGCACAGGUUUAUACACACUCUGGCCUGGGCCUCUAAAAUAAACCACUUAUGGAACAGUCAAGCUGUACAAUACAGACCCAAGUAUUCAGAAAAUAGCAAGGAAAAAGCAAAAAUAAAACAAGGUUGAAGUGUAAGUGAUAUAAAGUCCCUUCCUGGCAUUACUUCAGCUCAGCAAGGAAAAUAUCCCAACAGGUGGGAUAUGGCAGAAACCACAAAUUGUCAUGUGCCUGUGUUGACAUUAGAGAGAGUACAUUCUAGGCUUGCAGUGUAAAUACUGAGAACUCAUUCCAAUUGCCUUAGGACUGAUUCAAAGAUGGGGCAGUAGUGUAUAGCAGCAUGUAUGUAGCACUGUUUGAUCACAGGGUGGAUAGCUUGAACAAUUACUUGGAGAGAAUUGGAUCACCUCAUGGCAGCAAGGCCUACCACUAUGAUAUUACAUUCAGAUAAUGUAAAGGUCAUUGGGAAUCCUAACUAUCAUUUCUGCUGUGAAUAAAUUCUUCCCAGCAAAUUAGCUUGAUCAUUUCUAGAAAUGUUUCAGAGCUGGUGCAUCACCAAUACAGGCAGAUCUGACUGGGAGGUGGGAGUUCAUUUAACAAAUAUAUUUCCAUUCAUGAUGGAAAAAUUAACAUCAAGUACAAAUAAUUACUGGAAAAGCAGAAACAAAAUUGGGUAGGUACAAUUUAUUGGUGUUGUGUAUAUUUUUUAAGGGUGUACCAAUAAUUGUUCUGUGCUCUUGAAUAAUUACCAUUCUUUCUGUUGUUUAAGUGUUUCUGGAUACCCUUUUCAAGUGAACAGUAGUAUGUCUUGGAUGGUUGUGCAGUAAACUAAACUUUUCACAAAUGGCACAAAAUAAUUCAUUCUGAAUGUAUCUGAUGCAGGAAUGUGUUUUCCAAAACACACGUACUGCUUGUGGAUUCAUUUUUAAAAGCACAAAAUUGAGACUAUUUUGUAAAUAAAUAUUACCAAAGCUUUUGAAUAAAACCUUAAGUAGUGUUUGCUAAACUAUAAUCUAGUUGACUCUGAUGAAGCAUUUUCCAAACAUGGCUUUGUUCUACAAUCUGCAUCUUUGCCAUUAGCAUUCUGUAGCGAAUGUUCUCCAGGUGUGGUUUUGAAGUGGUCUUUAGAAGGAGAGAGAAAUACAGCAGGUUAUAGUAAUGGUUCUGCAAUUAAUAUAUCAUGUGAGCUUUAAAUGCUUUGGGACUCUUUUUGUGUAGCAUUUCCAAUAUCCAGAAAGAUCUUGAGGCAAAGUUCUAAAAAGGCUUUGUAAAAGAACACUUUUUCUUGCAGGGCCAUAUUUGAGAGAUUUUAAACCUCUAUUUUGAACAAGAUGUUUCUGACAAACCUAGAGUGAAAGCUUAUCAAUGACUUCUCUUCAGAUUUAAGAAGAUAUCAAUCGCAUUCAUUCUGUUCUCAUAUUGGCAGGAUUGAGGGAAAAAAUCAUAAGUUUAAACUGAAGUAACUCCUUAAAGGAUUGAAUAGUUAUUUUGAAGAACAUAGCUUAAAAUAGCCUUAACCUCGCUGCAGAGUAAGCUACAUUGAAUAGGUAUGCUGGGAUAUAUAUACUUAUUUAAAAUUAAGUAUGUGGUUUUUAAUAAUCCUUGCAGAUGUAUCUUAUGUACCUUCUUUCAUAUAUCAUUAAGCACUGGCUCUUAUCUAUAUUUGCCAGCCAUUGUUCUAUGCAUUUAUAAUUAGUAUUACAAGUAACAAACAGUGAAUAACUAACUUAUUGCACUUCUAUCACACCUUUCCUCCAAGGAUACAUUUGAUUCUUUUUUUAAAAAAAACCCACCAAAUAAACAACAACAACCAUCUCAUAAGGUAGGCUGAAAGAUAAUGACUGGCUUAGGGCCAUCCAAUGAGUUCCAAAUAAACAACAACAACCAUCUCAUAAGGUAGGCUGAAAGAUAAUGACUGGCUUAGGGUCAUCCAGUGAGUUCCAUGGCUGUGAUAGGAAUUUAAACCUGAGGCUUCCCCAUCCUUGUCUGGCGCUCUAACCACUGUAACACACUGGCCAGAAUCUCUGCUAUAUCAGUAUUAGGUGCAAGUACAUGCAUAGCAUAUGCAAGGGACUUUUAAGAAAUCAUGUGGAAACUUUAUAGUUAUGUAGUCAUAGUUACUUUGUAUUAUUUUAUUAUCUGAGAAAUGUAAGUUCUGCCCCUUACCUUUGCUAUAGUUAGCAUGAGUUUAAUAGCUUCAGCAGAAUUGUGAACUGGGAUUAUUCGUAAAUUGCUGCCUAGAAAUCUGAAACAGAAACCUCAAAUGUCAAUUAUGCUAAGUACAGUAUUUGUUGACAGCAUCGACCAGAAUAAGAGCAUGCUAUUACAUAAGUAUAUUUUAAUGUGAUUAUAACAUACAGCAUAUUGGGAUUUUACAAAAGCUGAUACUUUAUUUUCACUAGGAUUGGGAUAGUGGAAGCUGGUUGAAUAGUGAGGAUAGAUCUAGAACUUACAGGCUAUGUAAGAAGGAAAAGUGAAGUUGAAGAGCUUCCCUAACACUGCCCUCCCACUCUGAUCUGGGCAGACUUAGAAAAGUAAGGUGCAUUGUAUUUUAAUAAAAGUGACUAUUACAAAGAA